UUGCUUUCACCUCCAAACUAAAAAACCUUUCCUUUGGAUUCCGUACACAUCCAUCUCUCCCUCUCCCUCAAAUUUCGUUGUCGAAGACAGAGAGCUCUAUACAGUAUCACAAACUGCACGUCCAUGUCCUUCUUGUAUAUAUUAUGUUAUAUCUAUAUAUUUGUCUAACAACAUAAAAAAUUCAAAUUUCCGGUUUCUCUAAAUUUCAAAAAUCAAACCCAUCUUCUUAUACUCGUAAACCAUAUUGUUAAUCUCUAUUUCCGCCAUUUUUAUGGCGGGAACACCGGUGCUGGCGGGAUCUUUGAGGUUGCGUGAUUUUGUGCAUUUGAGUUUUGCAUCUGUAAAUAUCAUUGUAUAGAAACUGCUUUCGUUGUUUUGUUAUUCAUGGCGAAUCCAUCUGGUACCCAUCAUCAUGACGCUAAUCAUGCAUCGUCUUCUUUUAAUGGGACAAAUCCAACUAAUGGUCAUGGAAAUUCUGUAUCAGAGAGUUCUGGUACAGCUUUGAAACAUAACCCUGGUAUUUCCCCAGAUUGGAGCUUGGAAGAGCAAGCGAUACUAGAAGAUGGUUUAUCAAAAUAUGCAGCAGAAUCAAAUAUAAUACGUUAUGCCAAAAUAGCAAUGCAGCUGCAGAAUAAGACGGUCCGGGAUGUUGCAUUACGUUGCAGAUGGAUGACUAAAAAGGAGAAUAGCAAGAGAAGGAAGGAAGAGAAUUUAGCGAGAAAAAGCAAAGAUAAAAAGGAAAGAGUUAUUGAUCCUCCGUUGAAGGCAUCUCACUUCAUGGCCAGGCCUAAUGUUCAUCCAUAUGCAACUCCAAUGAUUCCCAUGGAUUAUGAUGAUGGCAUUUCAUACAAAGCCAUUGGUGGAGUUACAGGGGAGCUUCUUGAGCAAAAUGCAAAAGCCUUCAAUCAAAUAUCUGCUAAUCUUUCUACUAUGCAGAUACAGGAUAACAUCAGUCUCCUUUGCCAAACUCGAGACAACAUUCUCAAGAUUAUGGAUGAGUUGAAUGACAUGCCGGACGUAAUGAAGCAGAUGCCACCCCUUCCCGUCAAGUUAAAUGACGAGCUGGCUAAUACCAUCCUCCCGCGGCCAAAUCUUCCCAUGAAAUGAUUGUGACCUUGCCUUUUCCGCUGCCAAUCUCAGCGUAGGAAAUUACCAACACGCAGUUGACCUAUCAUAUAUCACAUCGGAAAUGGCCUGUAGUUCAUGCUGUAAAUUAUAGUGUUUUUUGUUUGUUUUUCUAGCACCCUCUUCAUCAUAGCUUACUUUUAAAAAGUAGUUCCUGCAAAAGAAUUUGGCAUGGUUUUUGUGUAGAAAAUUACAUGAUGAAGAAUCAAAAUAGUGGUUAGUUUUAUCAAUCUUUUCUCUCA